AUGAACAGCAGCCAUCAACGUGAAGUUGUCCUCGCUUCAAACGGAGAAAUACACAACCCUAUCAAUCUAGGUAUCGUCUCGGUAAUUAUCAAGUGCCUCUGCUGUUCCGUCGGAAUUCCUCUCAACACGUCCAUCGCUGUCACAAUCACUCGGUUUCGCCGUCUUCAAUGCGGACCAAGAAACUUUUUCCUGCUGGCCAUUAUCUUGUCCUACUUGUCGUUCUUUAUCCCGCCCGCAAUCGAACUCAUUUACUGGGCUCUGUACCCGGAAGAAUCCCUGUGUCGUGUAUAUGUCGCCGUUUCUAUUGCGCCGCAAGGUCUCUUACUAACCAACAUGCUCUUGGCUCUGACUGAUAGAUAUUUAGCCAUUAAUCACCCCCUGUUGCAUCGAGCGAAAAUGAAGAACCGAUUAGCGGUUUAUUAUAUUAUCAUCUGUUCAUUGUUAACGGUUUUUCUCAUGAAAUUUGUCUACAUCGUCCGACUGGGCAUCCUACGUUGCGAAGUAUGGCUAGUUCACACCAAAAUCAAUGGCGUUGUUUUAAUUAUUCUAUUUACAUCGUGUACCGUGCUGAAUGUCAUCAUCUAUCGACAAACAAAGGCUCUCCUACGUGAAUCCCGAACCCUUCCGGCGACACAGGAUGAAAGAGAUCCCUCAAAUGAAAGCCCCAAUGUUAACAAUGACGCCACAGCCGUUACCCCGAUGCGCAUUCAUGCCGAUAGAGAUAAACGAAGCGAAAUGGAACUGAAAGCUACACGAACUUUGGUGAUUGGGGUGGCAUCUCUCUGCGUUAUGCCCUGCAUAGCUCUCAUUUUUAUCGCAUCCUACUUUGCUUGUCGGCUUGUUUCCGGUAAACUGGCAUGCAGUCACUUUACCGGACUAGGACCCUUCAUGAAAGAUAUUAGUUUGACUCCCGCUGUUUACGGCCCUAUCAUAUUUCUAGUAAGAAACAGAGAGCUUAGAGCAGCAUACAAUUUUUUCGGAUAA